CAUAUGGGAGGCCCGAGGAGAUUGUUAUUGACGGCCCUUGACUGGCAGUGGACAGAAUCAAAGCUGGGGGGUCUGUCUUGACAUACACCCACAACCAGCAGGUGGGCUGGGACCUUUAUCGGCUGCCUGAGAGGUGAGUGUUCAGCACUCCAGGAUACGCCUUUGGCUGGACCAUUUCUAGCCUGUUUCAUUCACUGUCCCGUCGCCCCCGCACAACAAAAAGAAGGGGACGUGCCGUGGAAUGGAGCCAAACUGAUCAGAGGAAACGCCUUUCUACCCCACACCCAAUCGGCCUGCGGCACUCAUUGCCACAAGAUUUGGCUUCCUGCCAGUGGCUUUCAUGUUCCUCUUAUAACCCCUUGGCCCCAGCAUCCUGCUGAGGAUUCUGUCCCCAUCUGGACCGCCCUGAGGCUCUUCCACACCAGCCUGUGGGAGCAGAGCAGCCGCAGGAAUGGCAGCCUCUUGCCGUCUCAAGCCCUUGAGCCGUGUGGCCGUGAGUGGGGGCACCCAUGGCAAUGAGAUGUCGGGCGUCUACCUGGCCAAGCACUGGCUGCGGGACCCCAUGGAGCUGCGGCGUGACAGCUUUGCCGUCACGCCCUUCCUGGGCAACCCGUGUGCCAUUGAGAAGUGUGUGCGGUACGUGGGGCGGGAUCUGAACCGCACCUUCACCACCGAGUUCCUCAGCUCUGCAGAGGCAGAGGACGAGCCCUAUGAGGUGGUCCGGGCCCGCAAGAUCAACCAGACCUACGGCCCCAAGGGCUCAGCCCAGGCCUUUGACUUCAUGUUUGACCUGCACAACACCACGGCCAACAUGGGCGCCUGCCUUAUCGUGGACUCAGAGGAGAGCCUGCUGCCCAUGCACAUGUGCCACUACAUCCAGACGCACUACACACGGAGCCCCUGUCCCAUCUAUCUGUACAAGUUGCCAGGCGAGGAGACUUACUCUAUCAACUCGGUGGCCAAAGCCGGGCUAGUGCUGGAGCUGGGGCCACAGCCCCAGAGGGUGGUGAGAGCUGACCUGUUUGCUCAGAUGAGAGCCCUCAUUGCCUGCGCACUGGACUUCAUCGAACUCUUUAACAAGGGCACAGUGUUCCCUGCCUUUGAGAUUGAAGCCUACAAGAUCACCGGGCUCAUGGACUAUCCCCGCUACCCUGAUGGGGAGAUCUCAGCCAUGGUGCAUCCCAAGCUGCAGGAUAAGGAUUUCCUCCCCUUGAAUCCCGGGGACCCAAUCUUCCAGACCUUCAGUGGGGAGGAGAUCCUGUACAAGGACGACACAACCAUCUACCCAGCCUUCAUCAACGAGGCUGCCUACUAUGAGAAGAAGGUGGCCUUUGCCAAGAUGGAGAAGCACACAUUCUCCAUGCCCGGCCUGCAGCGAGAAUGAGCCAGGUGGGCCAUGGGCUAAGAGGGAAUAAACAGAGUCUGAAUGGA